AUGGCUAGAAGAUCAGUUAAAGUUCCAUGUGAAAAUGAAGACUUACCUGACAAAGAAAAUGCACCAAAUUUUGACGAGGACACUUUACAAGGUGAGCUAGGUUCAACUUCGGCUUCAGUUAUUGUUAGAACAAUUUCUAUUCGAUCAGUUUCAAGAAUGCCAGCAGAUGUGGAAAAGGAUAUAUACAGUGUAUGACCGCUUUAAAGGAUAUUUGGCCAGUCGUGACUCUCUUCUAUGAUUACAAGAUGCUGUUCAUUGAGAAGAUCUAUGACACAGAAACCUUUGUUAUUUUCUUUCCUAACAGUUCAAAGCAAUAACACAAAGUUAUAAUAAGUUAAGACUUUAUUUGAUCAUCAUAUAAAAUCCAUUGUAAGUUUGCAUCAUAGGUACCACCAUCAUCUUUCUAUUUUAAUGAAACAUAAUCACUUUGAAACCUUCAACAUUCCCUCCUUUCUCCUCGAGCAACCCACUGUCACAUCUAAUUUCCAGUAGAGUGCAAGUGUUAAUUAUCAUUGAAUAUGGAGGUGUUUAAGGCAGAUAGUGUACUUUCACUAACAAAUGGCUUAGAAGAAAUAAGGCUUCAAGGUCUAGGUUUUAAAGCUUGGUCAAUUAGUUUUUAAAGCUUGAUCAAUUAGUUGAAAGUGAAAUUGCUUAUUAUUUCGCCUUUUACAUAAGAUUGUGUGGGGCAUUUGAACAUUUUAUUAAUUUUUCCCAGGGAACAGGAAUUUUUGGAAACCUAUCUCCAAAAUCUCUCAUCUCCAGGGGUUUGCCUCGAAUUAAGUGAUGCUUAUAAUUCUCAUCAUUAUUCUUACCCAUGUUGUCACCUACAUUGUUAGCAUCAUCAUAACUAUUGAAAAUCUGCAGAUUUGAAAUCUCCAGAUCUUGGCAGCUCUGACUAUACACGAAUAAUUAUUAACUACGACCACAGACUUUGACACCCAUUUUUUAAUUUUUUUUCGAAUUAUUUUAUUUUUUCUUUGCAGCCACAGCUGAUGUUUAUAGGAAUGAGGGUAAUGAGGCCUUCAAUAAAGGAGAUUUCAUCAAUGCUAUUCAUUUUUACACCAAAGGAAUUAAAAUGAACUGCAACGAGAAAGAACUGAAGGCCAAACUGCACAACAACAGGGCUAUUGCACAUUCUAAACUUGGUAAGAUGAUGAGAGCUUUAAUAUGCAUUUUUUUUUUCUAUUUUGAAGCCAUUAAGUUGUUAGUAGUAGUUUUCUGAAAAAGGUGAUGAUUUUGAAGGCAUGCCCGGACAAAUUUACAUCUUAUCUUGGCCUCUCAAAUAUACAAAGAAGUAACCUCUUACCCCAGAUAUCCACGAGCAUCACAAGUUUUUCCCAAAAUUAUAGUAAUGGUAGUUGGUUUGGAACAUGUAUGGUUAAUCAGAGAUAUUUAUUUCAAUAACAGGAAAUCACCAGGAUUCACUAAGGGAUGCAGAAGCAGCCAUUGAGUUAAAUCCAACUUUCCUUAAGGCAAUUGUGAGAGGUUAGAUAUGUUAGCUGUGCUAUAAUAAUAAUAAUAAUAAUAAUAAUAAUAGUAAUAAUAAUAAUUACAAAAAAAGAACUCAACACUCUAAGGUUAAAUGAGGUUAAAUGGAGUUCAAUCUUGUCUCAAUUGACUUUAAUUAAGGGGUCGAGACCACCCUGAUGUACAUUUGAAUCCAGUUCUUGGCUGCUACGCCAUUACUUGCCAUUAAUCAUGAUGAGAAUAUUAUUUUGAACGGGAUGAAGAACUCAAUGCGGAAUGCAAAGCAAAAUUUCAGCAUGAAUAUUUUAGUUCCCUAAGUUCAAUGAGUCACAGGUAUCAGAUAUGUUAAGAGCGUGUCCACAAGAGCACCGGGCAGUCGUGCCACAUGCCAUCUCACCGAUUUCAAUGAAACUUUGCCAGUUUAAAGGGCCUGCCCCAAAAAUCAAAAAGACAAACUGGUUUCUGUUUUGGUUUUUUCCUGGGGGGAGAUAGACCACCCCCCGGUUUUUCUUGGUUUUCGCCAAGGAAAUCGCUUAAAAUAGGUAAAAUGUAUGAAGCUCUCACUGUGAUGGUAUUUAACCGAUUACUUUGAGGAUUUGCUCACACAUUUUUAUAUCCUUAGUUAAUGGCCGCCGCGAGAAUCAGUCAGUUUGAUCGACGGCUUGUCAAUCAACAGAGGCAAAUAUACGACUGUAUUUUUAAACUUUUCGAUUCUUCCAAAUAUUUUACAACUUUGAGGUCAAUUAUCUCCCGUUGCCAGAAAGCUACAACACUAAUCUUAAUUACCCUUUAUAACCCAUCAUUUCAUCUCUGAAAAUCUUCAAAAAAAUCUUUGGGCACUACCGUAUUUUUGUCUUGGAUGUCUGUUAAAAACUGCGACUGUGACAAGUUUCUCUCAACUACACCUGUCACGCAAUUCUUGCUCUAGGCAGUCACUUGACAAAAUAAACCUACAUUUUUUAGCUCUUUAUACAAGAUGAUUGAUCAAGAAAGGUAAAAAAUGUGAAAAACCUUCGAGAUUUUUUGUAGGAAUGGAAAAUUUCGCGUUUAGAGAGAUGCAUGUGGGCGAAAAAUCAAUGGAAAAAUCCUAGCGUUUCUUUUUUCAGUCGUUUAUUACUUUCAAGAUUUGCUGAAAUCAGCAGAUAUGGCUUUUGUACGGCACAAAACAUUCAUUAGUCUAUAAUUUGAUUGUUUAUCAUCAUCAUCGCUCAUUUUAGGAGAUUUUAAAGUCACAUGCUGCGUGUUGGCUGAUAUUACUACAUGUUCCAGUGUGCUACAACUUCGGCUUUCACAGACGAGAAAUUCUGCGCUCUCGCUCGAGAGCAAAUAUCAAUAGUUCUAUCGGACUAAAAACUGUGCUUCUAUCCCGAAAAUAAAAUUAAAAUGGUGUUGACGUUGUCACUUACCGCCAUUGAACAUUUACAUGCAGAACUCCGCUAUGCUAACAUCUGUUGUGUGACCCAAAGACUCUCCGUAGGAAUUAUUCAAGCGCGUUGUUCAUGGUAUCUGCUAGAUAACAAUUUCAAAAUAAUCUGCAGAUCUCUAUGAUUGCGUGACUUGUAAAAUUUUUAAAUAAGAAUGAGCCAGCAAUAAUUUGACGAGUAGGCUUCCUGCAAAUUUCACUUGAUGAAAUCCCAAGACAUAGCCAGUUGUUUUCGUGAGCAAAGACAAUAAAUAUGAAAGAAAAGUGAGAUGCAAAUGUCUUUUUUUUUUUUUUUUUCGGCUGAAUAGCAGCUGUACCCUUUCCAGCAGUCUUCGUCUAAAUUUUGCAAGGUCCCUCCCUAUCUUCUGCCUUGUUCGGUCGGUUUCCAAUUCUGAAGCUAGAUCAUUGGCAUCGGCCUUUCGUCCUCAUUCAUAUUUACAGAGGGGGAUUUCAUCAAUAAACCAAUUUUUGUUACGGCAGAUAACCGGCUGAAGUAUCGAGCGAUUUGCUGCUGUAUCAACCGGUCAGUCUUAGACAACAUUUCUGACUGGUGUCGUCUCUUAAACUCGAUAUUUGGGAAAUCACAUUAGAGUUGGUUGCCUUACUAGUUUCCUCCCUUGUCCAGCACACGUCUAGGAGAUAAUUCUCUGCUUUCUGAGAAAAGGUGGCUGUUUUUUGUGUUUUCCAAACAGCUCAUCCAAAGUCCACUUGGCUAGUUAGGGAUUGUUCGUCAGAAUUUUUACCUGAGGUCUGACCUUGAACGUAGCCAUCCCCUAUAGAAUGGCAAGCCGGUCUUAGUCCAUUUCCUCUUGACCUUAUCCUAAGUGGAAUUUUUUUGUCAGCUUCACUGAGUUUGUCUUUGUCAGGGUACAUUUGGAUGGCAGCCAAUGACUGAAACGUCUUGAUACAUCCUUCUUUUAGCAAGAAUAUCUCGCUUUCUUGUUCUGUCUAUGACGGAUUGGGUAUAGUUCUCGCGAUGACCCGCGUUCAGAAAUCUGUGCACGUCGCUGAUAACCACCCGCUUCUACGAUUAGUUUGCUGAAGGUUUCUAACGUGAUGAGCCUAGUGGGACCCUGAGGCGCUUCAAACUGUGCCAGUUGGUCUGCGCUGUAAACUUGUCGCAAUUCUUAAGUCAGAGGGAGGAUCGGCCACCUCUAUCUAUGUGAGCGCCUCUACAGUACCUGCGUAUCCCUAGCAAUCAUAUGAUAUAAAGUUUAUCUCAGUCACAAAUAACCAGUUAGGAAAACUGAUGGUUAGAUAAGCGCUCUUCUUGCCCUUCUUCCUUAUUCAUUGCAGACUCUAAGAUAGCAGCUACAGUAUGCGUUCUAUUUAGGUUUACAGUCACCUUGCCGCCACAAGGAAGACUCGCCACCAGCUUUGAUUUCUACUGCCACCUGCAGACUCAUCUCUCUCUCACUUUAUGUCUCCGAUUUUUGUCAGGAGGAUACUGGCAUUUACGAACCCGAAGGUCUGAAUCUCACACCAAGUUGUGCACGAUAUUUGAGGUACAUCGUGAAAUCGCGGCCUUCGUAAUCUCCAAAUAAGCCAAUACGCGCUAGAAUAAGCUCCAUCUCGGACGAAACGCAUGUUUGGGAUACACCGACGUCUCUCAAAUGUUUUUUUUUAAGCUGUAUACCCACGAAUUUAGAGGUAUGAGCUGUUGCCGUCCCUGGCCAGCGCGAGGAAAAUAACAUUUGGUUCUACAGUUAGUUGCAAAUGAACAAGACAACUGCACCAUCUUGACUUUAUCAAUUCGAGUGUUAGAUUGAAUUGAGGGCUUUUUAGACGCUCGAUUUCUUAUAUGGCAUCACUAUGAAGACGUAAUACAACUGAUACACCUACAGUACAUAGGAUUAACAAUGUCUGUUGCGCUGUUGCGAGAAAGAGGAAAAUAUUACCGGAAGUGUAAACUCUUUUUAAAAAGAGUUUCAGAGACGUUUCAGAGAUGUCUAUCUUUGAUAGGCUGUCACAAAAAAUGACCCCCACUUAAAUUUACUAGGAAAAAUGAACUUACCAACUCCUUGUUGAAAAAAUUGGAAUUCAUUUGACCGAUACGCCGGUUGUUUCAAUUUUGCUUUUUCCUCGGGCUGCUAUAAAACAGUUCAUAAAUUGACUAAUGAAUAAAAUGUUUUGAAAUACCGUUCGGAAUUUGCCUUUUUUUCUGCGUGCAAAUCAAGGGUAGACAAAGUUUUUAAAACAUUUGACUAGAAUUUCAUGGAGUUCACCUCGAUAAUUUUCGUCGGCCAGAGUCAAGACGCGCCAAGGUAAGGGACAUCGCCCUCCAGUAAAAUAAUUUUCCAAAGAAUAAACGUGGCAAGCGUGAGGAAACGCACAUUUUUUUUAUCAUUGUGAUCAAAGCCCAAUGAUGUACCUAAAUUGGUACUUACGGUAUCAAACCAUCGAUUAUGACAGGGUGAGCUUAAUUUUUCUGUCGAGGUCGACGUGACUUCACAUUAAAAGCGUUUUUGACGGAACAAAUUAGUGAGCAUCUCUGCACGAACUGAGAAAGUAAAAACUUGUAUUUAUCUCCCACGCUUUUCGUCUGAAAAUAGUUGACUUCAUCAAGGAUUUUUUCAAGUAGGGGUAAAUAAGCUUGUUCAUAUACAAAUAGUAAAUAAGUUGUCUCUUUGCUAUUGAAGCCAGUGGAUAGAAUUCGCCAGGUGCGCCUACGGUGUUAUACAUGCGUGACAUUUUCCGGACGUUACAUAUGCAUGUACGAGUACGUGAUCCGCUUGAGGGUCACAGAUUUAGUGCAAAUAUUUCACCCCUCAACAUCACGCAAUGUCUCUAGUUUAUAGAGGUCUUAGAACGUUUCAUUAUAUGGAGUUGCCUUCUGCGGGUAGAAGGCUACAAGCGAAUUUCUCAGGCGUAAUUGCCUUUGAUUUCUCAAUUGAUGUUGUCGCAAACACAGUUUUUGGGAGUCACGAGACAAAAAAACUUAUCAGGACCUAGUUUCAUGUUCUAAUGGAAAUAAAUAGCAAAUAAAAACACAUUUUCUUGAGAAAUAAAGUCACAAAUGACGGGGGUUCUCUGAAACAAAUAGUGAUAGAAAAGGAUUUCAGUUCUGGUCAAUAUUGACUUUUCAUGGCCUACUUCCAAAUCUGAGGGAACGCGCUGAGGGAAUAAAAAAACAUAAAUGUGUGAUAAUGCAAGCAAGAGAAUGAAAAUCCAAAUGAAGAAAAAGGAGAAAACAUAGGAACCCGUGUUGCAGCGUGCAGAUAUCUUUUGAGCCAGACCUACACACCUAAGCCCGACACCACCCAGAGAAACUGGAAAGAGUCCUGUAUAUGAACUAGCUCGCACGUGCACGCAGGAAAGGCCAUGACAAUCAGCGAAAAUGCAAAUGAUAUUUGCAGUCAAAAAAAAGUAUCUUCUUGAAAAAAAAAGAUGAACAAUUUUUACUUCUCAUGAAAAGUCACGCAGUAACCCUAAAAAUACUAUUUCUAUACGUGGAAUUUCUUGAUGGUGGAAAGUGGAAAAAACAUUUUCCAGUCUUAUUUUCUGGAAACAUGACGUAAUUAAUGAAUUUAUGGGGCUACUGUUAUUUCUAUCAAAUAAGGGGAGCAGAGUUUCCCGUCAUUCGCGGUAUGGAAAAGCCGAAGUUGUUACACUCGGGAACUUGUACAUCAACAAGCAGGCGACAUGUGACUUUAAAAUCUCCUCUCCUGUUACAGUUUCCUUAUUGUAAACUGUGCGAUAAUGAUAAUAGACGAUCAAAGUAUAGGCUAAUGAAUGUUUUGUUCUGUACAAGAGCCCUAUGUCCUGAUUUUAGCAAAUCUUGAAAGUAAUAAACGACUGAAGAAAGAAACGCAACGAUUUUCCCAUUGAUUUUUCGUCAACAUGCAUCUCUCUAAACGUGAAAUUUUCCAUUCCUACAAAAAAUCUCGAACGUUUUUAACAUUUUUCACCUUUCUUGAUCAAUCAUCUUGUAUAAAGAACUAAAAAAUGUAGUUUUAUUUUGUCAAGUGACCGCCUAGAGCAAGAAGUGCGUGACAGGUGUAGUUGAGAGAAACUUGUCACAAUCGCAGAUUUUAAAAGGUAUCCAAGACAAAAAUACGGUAGUGCCCAAAGAUUUUUUUGAUGAUUUUCAGAGAUGAAAUGAUGGGUUAUAAAGGGUAAUUAAGAUAAGUGUUGUAGCUUUCUGGCAACGGGAGAUAUUUAACCUCAAAGUUGUAAAAUAUUUAGAUGAAUCGAAAAGUCUAAAAACACAGCCGUAUAUUUGCCUCUGUUGAUUGACAAGCCGUCAAUCAAACUGACUGAUGCUCGCGGCGGCCAUUAACUAAGGAUGUAAAAAUUUGUGUGCAAAUCCUCAAAGAUAUCAGUUAAAUACCAUCGCAGUGAGAGCUUCAUAUAUUUUACCUAUUUGAAGCGAUUUCAUUAGUGAAAACCAAGAAAAACCGGGGGGUGGUCUAUCUCCCCACGGAAAAAACCAAAACAGAAACCAGUCUGUUUUUUUUUUAGCUUUGGGGUAGAGCCUUUAAACUGACAAAGUUUCAUUGAAAUCGGUGAGAUGGCAUGUAGCACGACCACCCGGUGCUCUCGUGGACACGCUUUUAAGUCACUAUCUUGCUGUUUUAGAAAGAAGGAUCAGGACUUACCUAACUCUUAGUGUUUUUGUGGGAGUUGUUGAUCCCAAUUUAAGUGUUCUUAGAAGUUUCAGUUGUCUGUAAAGCUAAAUAAAUCUAACUGAAACCUAAUAGGGCCUGUUUAUUCUUUUCCGUUUAGUUUCUUUGUUUUGUUUUGUUUUGUCUUUUUUUUUUCUUCUGGUCUGUAAUGAUUUCAAUGGUUUCAGGUUCUUUUCUCAGAAUUGAGCUACAGUAAUAGUAUGCUUCUUUGUGUUGUUGCCUACAGGAGCCGCUACUUGUGUUGAAUUGAAGAGAUUUGAAGAAGCAAUCAGUUGGUGUGAUAAGGGACUAGUUGUAUCCUUUGAAGGAAUCGUUCAUUUUUAACCGUGGGUAUAAAAAAAAAAGUUUCCACAAUUUGAUGUUUCAAGGGAGAAAAUAGAAAGAAGGGUAUUAAUUAUGAUGGGAACUUGUCAGCUCAUAUACUUUAAGUGUGUGUGAUUAAAAAUAUAGGAGACGUUAUUACCUCAUGACUUAUUAAUGAAAUUACUCCUUUUAGCCAAUUUGACUUAGUUCUACUAUCCAUGCCAAUAACUGUUACAUUAGUUUAAAUAACCCUUUAAUUUCCAGACCAAAUUUGUCUAGAAACGAUAAUAACAAAGUAGUUUGUAUUUAAAAAGCAGCAAUGUUUUUAUCAUAACAAGGUCACCCUUUAUCAUCCCUCUUGUUCAGAGGCUUGGGAACCAAGCACGCAAAUGUUAAAAUGGACGAUUACAUAUCAAUAUGAUCAGAAACAUAAUCUUUUUUGUUUUUUCCACAUUUUUUACCCUUAACAUAUAAAAGAUUGACAAAAACAAUAGGAUCUUGUUGUCAUUAAGACUUCAGUCUGUCAGUGAAGUGGGAGAUAAGUCCAUGGAGGAAAAAGAUCCUAUUAGUCAUGACCAUGGUAGUGCAAGUUCAGGUGAUGUCAAGAAAGUCAUAGAUCUUUAUAGUCGGGGAGAAGAAACCAUAGAGUACCUCUACCUAUAUCUUAAAAAAGCUAAAGAAGUAGGAGACAAGCAUGGGGAGGGUAAUGCUUAUGGCAGUCUUGGCAAUGCUUAUCACCGUCUGGGUGAUUUCAAAAAAGCUAUAGAGUACCACAACCUAUAUCUUAAAACAGCAAAAGAAGUAGGAGACAAGCAUGGGGAGGGUGGUGCUUAUGGCAAUCUUGGCAAUGCUUAUCGCCGUCUGGGUGAUUUCAAAAAAGGCAUAGAGUACCACAACCUACAUCUUAAAAUAGCUAAAGAAGUAGGAGACAAGCAUGGGGAGGGUGGUGCUUAUAGCAAUCUUGGCAAUGCUUAUGACCGUCUGGGUGAUUUCAAAAAAGCCAUAGAGUACCACAACCUACAUCUUAAAAUAGCUAAAGAAGUAGGAGACAAGCAUGGGGAGGGUCGUGCUUAUGGCAAUCUUGGCAAUGCUUAUCAGAGUCUGGGUGAUUUCAAAAAAGCCAUAGAGUACCACAACCUAGAUCUUAAAAUAGCUAAAGAAGUAGGAGACAAGCAUGGGGAGGGUAACGCUUAUGGCAAUCUUGGCAAUGCUUAUUACCGUCUGGGUGAUCUCAAAAAAGCCAUAGAGUACCACAACCUAUAUCUUAAAAUAGCUAAAACAGUAGGAGACAAGCAUGGGGAGGGUAACUCUUAUGGCAAUCUUGGCAAUGCUUAUCACUGUCUGGGUGAUUUCAAAAAAGCCACAGAGUACCACAACCUAGAUCUUAAAAUAGCUAAAGAAGUAGGAGACAAGUAUGGGGAGGGUGGUGCUUAUGGCAAUCUUGGCAAUGCUUAUAUUAGUCUGGGUGAUUUCAAAAAAGCCAUAGAGUACCACAACCUACAUCUUAAAAUAGCUAAAGAAGUAGGAGACAAGCAUGGGGAGGGUGGUUCUUAUGGCAAUCUUGGCAAUGCUUAUAUUAGUCUGGGUGAUUUCAAAAAAGCCAUAGAGUACUACAACCUACAUCUUAAAAUAGCUAAAGAAGUAGGAGACAAGCAUGGGGAGGGUGGUGCUUAUGGCAAUCUUGGCAAUGCUUAUAUUAGUCUGGGUGAUUUCAAAAAAGCCAUAGAGUACUACAACCUACAUCUUAAAAUAGCUAAAGAAGUAGGAGACAAGCAUGGGGAGGGUAACACUUAUGGCAAUCUUGGCAAUGCUUAUGACCGUCUGGGUGAUUUCAAAAAAGCCAUAGAGUACUACAACCUAGCUCUUAAAAUAGCUAAAGAAGUAGGAGACAAAUGCUUCGAGGCAAUUGCCUACUAUUCACUAGGAUGCGUUUUUGAGUUGCAAGGUAGACUACCAAAAGCCGUUGAACAUUACCAAGCUAGCAUAAACUUAUUCAAUUCCUUGAGAGAACUUCUAAAAUCUAAAGAUGAGUGGAAAGUUAAUUUUCGAAAUCAGCAUCAAAUGGCGUAUACGGGUUUGUGGAGAGUUCUCGUAGAACAAGGUAAUGUAGAUGAAGCCUUAUUUGUUGCUGAGAAAGGACGAGCUCAAGCUCUGACCGACCUCAUGGAAUCCAGUUUUUGUGGUGGAACAAGUCACCACAAGGGAGAAGAUGAAGAUUUCACAGUUUUAAAAAACGUUCCAUCAAACACUGUCUUUCAGGCAGUGGACAAAGCUAACGUCAAUCUUUGGGUUGUUUCCGAAGGAAAACAAGUUCGGUUAAGACAAAGUAAACUCAAAGGUUUUGUUUCAGAGAAUAGUGGAGUUAGCCAGUCCUUUGAGUCGUUCAUGCUCGGUGUCUAUACACAACUUGGUGUUCAUUCUAAUGUGAGAUGCGAGAAUCGAUCUUUGGAUGCUUUGAGGGAGGGCCGUCCAAAAGUGCAUGAGAAAACCAAAGAAGCCAACCCUCAACCUCAUAUCCAACAAGACGGAUGCUUGAGCACUUUGUAUGAUAUCGUUUUGAAGCCGGUGGCUGACUUGAUUGAAGGGGAUGAGCUACUCAUUAUUCCUGAUGGACCCCUGUGGAUCGCUCCUUACGCUGCAUUGAAGGAUGGUAAUUCUAAAUACCUGUGUGAAUCGUUCACAAUCCGAGUCGCUCCAUCGUUAGCAAGUCUUAGACUCAUUGCCGAUUGCCCAGAUGAUUAUCACAAAAGCAGUGAUGCGUUACUUGUGGGAGAUCCGUGGGUAUCCGAGGUUACUAACAGCGAGGGAGAGAAAGUCCUCGAGCAGCUUCCGUGUGCUAAAGAAGAAGUAGAAUUGAUCGGAAAAAUUCUGAAUAUCACGCCAAUCACUGGCAGAAAAGCCACGAAACGUGAGGUGUUGAAAAGACUCAGUUCCGUUUCCUUAGUUCACUUUGCGGCACACGGAUGUCCGGAAACUGGCGAAAUUGCUCUUACACCUGAUCUAGACCGAAUAUCUACUGUGCCUACGGAGGAUUACAUUUUAACGAUUCGAGAUGUGUUGAAUGUUCAACUUCGCGCUAAACUUGUUGUGCUCAGUUGCUGCCACAGUGGUCGGGGCGAGAUCAAAGCUGAAGGUGUGGUUGGCAUAGCGCGCGCUUUUAUGGGGGCUGGUGCUCGGUCUGUUGUGGUGUCCCUGUGGGCGAUUGAUGACGAGGCUACUCUCCAGUUCAUGAAAUGCUUUUAUCAACACCUUGCAGAAGGUAAACCUACAAGCAAGUCACUGAACCUGGCCAUGAAAAGCCUCAGAGAUUCAGAUGAGUUCCACGACAUCAAAUACUGGGCGCCCUUUUUGCUGAUUGGAGAUGACCUCACGUUUGAUCUGAUGGCAAAGGAA